CCAUUACUACUACUUCCACCUCCCCCUACUACUACCACUCCUCCUACUACUACUACUACCACCACCACCACCAUGGCUGCCGAGUGGUCCCACGACUUCUGCCUCUCCUGCGAUAAGCAGAUUGCCGAGGGAGCUUACUGCUCCCAGGCCUGCCGUCUGGCCGACCUCGACAAGGCCUCGUCAGAAUGCUUCAGCUCUUCCAUGGCCUCAUCAUACGCUUCAUCAAACAACUCGGGCUUCUACCUACCACCCGCCGUCAACUUCUCCGCAUACAAAACAAAAACCGACUCGCCGCCAACCAGCCCUGCCGCCUACUCUCCCAGGCAGCAACAAUCCUACUUCUCUUCCAACGACGCAUCAAAACGUACUCUCUCACCAUCAUCCUCCCGCUCGUCACUGUCAUCAGUAACCACGCCAACCCAAGGCCUCUCCGCCGAGGCAGCUACCCAACUCAGAGGCUACACUCAGUCCUUUGACCAAGUCCGUGACAUGCGGAGAAGGAAGACGUCUGCGUGAGCACGUCAUAUCCGCGAACAAACGACGGCCGUACCGCAUUCGGCAACCCGCAUCAUUACCACUUCUCUCAUUACCUUUUAAAAUCCCAAAGAAACAUGGACAUUUUCAGCAUCCUGGACCAUUCCGGCAUUGGGCUCUACGGUUUCCUACAUGGAUCGAGAUCCGGCGCACACUAUUUCACUUUUAUUUACAUUGGGGCGGCCACGAAACAUGACCAGUUUCUUGUAGAUUCAGCGCAUUUUCCUUUCGGGUCCCGGGCACGGGAUUUUGUGAUAAACAAAAGUCGAUUUAUUACGUUUCAUUUGUUAAACAUGUGGAUGAGAAGACUGGGAACGGAGUCGGGCUACUUUGCAAGGAACGGGAUACCACGGGCAGGAAAGUGUGGGGAAAGCAGAGUCGGGCGC